UUUUAGAACGUGAAAUAUUUCUUUAAUUUCUUGGUUUUGAUCUUGAAAAGACCUCAAUUAGGUUAAUAUUGUACAAUUGGUCCACCCUAUACCAUUUGGAAAAGCUGGAUAGGAUUUAGGAUUAACAAAAGCAAAGGAGGAAUUUGUUUUUUUUUUUACAUUUGUUACAUUUCCCUCAUAGCCCCCCUUUUACAAAAAAUUAAAUUAUAAUAAAACUAGGAUAAAAGGACCCCUAUUAUUAAAUAGAUAGAAGCAUAGGAUACAUUGACACGAUGACUACAUAUGAAAAGAUCGUCAAGGGAGCCACAAAGGUGAAGGUUGCGGCACCAAAACCCAAAUAUAUUGAACCAAUUUUGAUGACAACUCAUUGGGAAGAUGGAGUAGGUGGAGGAGUUGGAAAUGAAAACUUCAAGACAGUUUUACGUACUUUACAAUCAAGACUUCAUGAUUCAUCAUGGUCGGUGGUAUACAAGCUGUUGAUUGUGUUGCAUAUUAUGAUUAGAGAAGGAGAUCGCGAUGUAACAUUGAAUUAUUUAUCUCAUGGGAAUGAUAUUUUAAAUUUAUCACUGUCAAAUAUUUCUAAAUCUUCAGGAUAUAACAAUGAUGUUAGAUUUGUAGUGAAAUAUUCGAAAUAUUUACAAACCAGAGUGGCACAAUUCCAUCUGACAGGCAUUGAUUAUGUUCGAGAUGAACGAUCAAAUAAUACCACCACUCAAUCUGGUGGAAGAUUAAGAACAUUAACGGUGGAAAAGGGACUCUUGAGAGAAUGUUCAAGUGUACAAAAGCAAAUUGAUAGUUUAUUGAAAAAUAAUUUCAUGGAAAAUGAAAUUAAUAAUGAUAUUAUUCUUACAGCAUUUCGAUUAUUAGUGAAUGAUUUAUUGGCAUUAUUUCAAGAAUUAAAUGAAGGAGUAAUUAAUCUUUUAGAACAUUAUUUUGAAAUGUCUAAAAUUGAUGCUGAAAGAUCAUUGAAGAUAUAUAAAAAGUUUGUUGAUCAAACGAAAUAUGUAAUUGAUUAUCUUCGAGUUGCUAAACAUCUUGAAUAUGCCACAAAGUUACACGUUCCAACCAUUAAGCAUGCACCAACUGCAUUAACAUCCUCAUUAGAAGAAUAUUUGGAUGAUCCAAAUUUUGAAUUAAAUAGAAGACAAUAUUUGGCAGAAAAGGAUGGGAAGAAAUCCAAACAAAACGGGAAUAAAGAUACUACUCUGAAACUGCAAACUCCAGUUUCAGUCGGGGUACCAUCUCAAAAAACAGGUGUUGAAAAUGAUAGGGUUACAUCAUUGAUUGUUCAACAGAGUACCUACAAUCCAUGGGGUAAUUUAUUGGAUGGACAACAUUUACAACAACAACAGAUUAAUCCUCAGCAAUUGGCAUAUGAUCCUCAACAGCAACAACAAUUUCAAUUCCAACAACAGCAACAACAACUCCAACAGCAACAACAACAACAGGAACAACUCCAACAACAACAGCUUCAACAACAACUUGAACUCCAACAACAACAGCAACAACAACUUCAACAGCAACAACUUCAACAACAACAACAACAACAACUUCAACAGCAACAACUUCAACAACAACAACUUCAACUUCAACAACAGCAAACUCAACAACAGGUUCAACCACAACAAAUUCCUUCACAAUUUACUUCCAAUUUCACUGGAGCAGGAUUUGGAGGAUAUGGUGCGCAAAUUCCACAACAAUCAACUGGUAACCCAUUCCUUCAACCCACUGGGACUGGAGUUGCUGGCAUUCCAAUGAAUGGCACAUCUGGAGGAUUAACAAGAUCUGAUACAAACCCAUUUGCCAGUAUGACAGGAAAUGCACCAUUGCAACCAGCAUCAACUGGAUCUGCCAAUCCAUUUGCUAAUACUAGAUUUUCACUGAAUAGUGGGACCACGUCAUUUACAUUCAAUCAACCAUCAACUCAACAAGCACCAAGUCUUGCAUCCAAUUCGACUGGAAAUCCUUUCAAAGUAUCUCAAACAACCACAAAUUUGUUCAAUAACGUUGCUGCUUCUGGGACUCAACAACAACAACCAUUGAAGACUCAGCCAACUGCUGGUGGUUUGGAGAAUUUGCCAACUGUUUCGGUUUUCCCUGAGACACAAGAAGCAACUAGACAGCAAACACUUUUGAAUAAUGCAAGAAUGUCAUUACAACCUCAGCAAACUUAUGGCCAACAGCAGGCAUGGCAACCACAACAAUUCCAAGGACAGGCAGCAUGGCCAUCUCAACAGUUUCAACUGCCACAGCAACAGCAACAGUUUCAUCAACAGUCGUAUCAGGAGCCACCUAGUCUUAUUUGAUUAAAAUUAGAAGAGUAGAUUUUUUUAUAUAAUUAAACUACACAUGUAAAAUAUAUUUUAUAACACCAUCAUUUAUUGUAUUUAGAA